AAUGUCAUAUAAUCUAAUAGGUACCUAGAAGGUACUUAAGUACCAAUCAAACGUGAAAGAAAAUAAAUUUAACUAAUGAGAAAAUUAUGAAGUGUAUUUUGUGUUCAUAAUAUACGAAUAAGACACAAAGAAAUGCUUAAUUCAAAUAAUGCAUAUUUACUGUUACAUGCAAAUCUGCCCGUGAAAUUGGACUUCAGCAAUGAAGAUAAAGCAACUUUGUUCAUGGGCUUUAGUACAUAUUGUGAAAUCUGUGAAGAAAAGAGUUUUAGUUGUCUUAUCCACACUUUCUAUUCUCUAUGUCAUAAUAAGAUGGAAGUUAAUGUGUAUUGAUAUUCAUUCUCAGAUCCGCAUACAAAAUAUUUGCAACAGCUAUUCCGUUGGCAUAUCUGCAGGAAGUCUUUGCCAGGAUAUUUGUAAAGCUGAUGAGCCAUCAAUAAUUUCUUGCCAUACAUUUUACCAGGAAACAGGAUCUGCAUUUUCAGGCAACUGGCUCAAUCAGAGUGUUGUAUUUAAGAAAGUUCCUGUAGUAGACGAUUUAACACAGUUUGAUGCUACUGGAAGAACUAUAUUCCCCUCUGAAGAAGUGUUUUCUCAGAUGGUCAAAAACACUGUAAAAUUUAAGUUUAAUAUUUCCAUUGAUGACACAGAUGCACUAAAAAUAUCUCAUUUACAAAAGACACAAGGAAAAGUUUUGAGAAAAAUUGAAAUGAAAAAUGUUUGGUCACUUUUGCAAGACAAUGAAUACCUUGCCCUUUUGUUGUAUGAGAAAUAUGACGUAUUCCCAAAACUCCUGGGUACAUGUGGUGAAAUGUAUGCUAUACAGAAAAUGGAAUCAAUAUCAGGAUACUGGCACUUGAUGACAUUGUAUGAUAGUGCAGAGGAAUGGGACAGAAGGAUCAAGACUGCUUUGAUGAUACUUGAAUAUUUAAUAUUACUGGAGGAGAGGUUGCCUGAACCUAUGCAUAUGUGUGGAGUCAAAAUGGGCCAUUUUGGAUUUAAAUCAGAUUCAAAGAAAAUCAUAUAUCAGCAUAUUGAUGCUGUCCAUCCUCGCUCAGUGGUCAAUAGGAUCACUGGAAGCAAGUCUGAAUGCAAACAGCAUAGUGACUGUGAUUAUUUAGACUGUCGGUCGUUUUGUAAUUUGAUAAGUCAGAAAUGUGAUCAUGGGGUUGUCAAUAAUAAUUUGCAAAUAGUAUGCGAGAGGAUUUUUUUGGGGUGGGUUAUAUCUGGAAGAGUAAUGGUGCCCGGCUUACUGUUAGGUCCUCGUUCACCAAAAGUACUUAUAGAGUUGUUAGAUUUGUGUGCAAACCCUGAACGGGCACCAGGUACCCCUAGGGCAUCUGCAACAAAAGAGAUAAGGAAAAGACUUUACGAUCUGUUAAGCAAUCUUAAACUUUAUUAGGAUUGGUUAAUUUUUUUUAUUAGUAAAUGCCUUAAUCAUUCUAGUCAAUUAAAUACCUAAUACUAUACUUAGUAUGUAAAUUAGAUUAUAAGUUAUAAGUUAUACUAAGCUUUGUUAAAAAUAUGGUGCUGAACUCGUAAUAAUAUUGAUGUGAUAAAUUACAUUAAUAUUAUCUCUUUAUUUUAGCGCUAAGUUCGAUACUCGGGGCAGAAGAGUUGAGUACGCGGCUCCGCUGCCGUAGCUCCUGCCUUACAUCUAGUCUGUCAUCGUUCCUAAUGAUCGUAAUUUCCGUACGUUUUUGACGUUAAACGUAUUAUUAUGUAAAAAGUACUUCAGUUAUACACCAUAAAAUUUUAAUUAUGCAAAAAAAUAAAAUGGGACUAUCAGUACCUAUUACUGAUAAAUAUGUGCAUAGACAAAAAAUAAAAAAUCUAAAUCCAAAAUUUUGGUUUACCACCUGACUACUACACUUCAAAGUAAAGGUUCAGUGCAGCGGUUCACACAAAGUCGAUUUUCAUUUAUAAAUUCUGGCAAUUCUUUUUGUUUAUUUAUUUUUUUCCUACGUCAGGUUCUUUGCUCGAGAGUGUGAGAGAACACAAUAAACUAUGAAUCGGAAUAAUUGGAGUUUCAAACUACGUUCAUAAAUUCAUUGAUAUAUUGGUAUAAUCGCAAACCUCAAUAACUUUGGUUUUAAUUUUAAUUUAAUUAAAUUUGAUCACUCACAUGUAUUAAUAGGGUCUUCAAUAUUAAGCCUUUAAUUUUUUUGGCAUAAUAAAAAAAUAUGGUGUAUAUUAUUUGAAAAUCAUGCUCUUUUAGUGUAAAUGCUCUGUGUGUGUAGUAAGUAUACUCGUUUCAGUGUAAAAAGUAGAUAGAUUUAGUUCUAGCAGGCGCAGAUCGAUCUCUCUAUGAUAUCUCUAGGAUAGCGACCUAUAAAAGAAUAUCCUGUACUUACUACAAUGGAUGAUUGGUUCUAGAGUUAUAGACAAUGCAAUCUCUAUAUAGGUACGCACUGCAGAAUAAUGCAUCAAAUAUUUUAGUAACAGUAUUUAGAUAUAUUCAAUUUCAAAUUCAAUUUGGACUAAUAAAUAUAAUUUUCGCUAAACUAUG